CCGAUACGCCUGUACGCCUUUGCUGUGGAAGCGGACGCACCGCCGCCAUUUUGUACUUUUCCCUGCAGUCGAUGCUGCAUUUUUGCCGCGUUCGUGCAAGGCAACGCGUUGUCAGUGCUGACAGUUCCGAAGUGGCGAUCGGUUGGCUUUGUUGUGUGUUUCUCCGUCAUAUUCGUGCCCCCUAGCAGACACGCACACACACACACACAUACACAUACGCUCUUCACGCAUUCUCCACUGUCCAUCGAAUAUUUGACAGCUAAAUAACACACAAAAACGAGAAUAUUUGGAAACAUUCCACUUCGCGUUAGAGCGGACUAGUUUAAUCCCAAGCGACGAGCCAGCCACGGCCUGAUAAUGUUGCUGCGAUUGAUGGUAGCAUAAGGUUGAUGUGGCAGUGGCAGCAGCCAGGGCCGGUUGGCCAGCAGUGAGAGCAAUUCGUGGUCCCAGUGGAAAAGCGGGGUGCCACAUUCAUAGCAAACCGUGCGUGUGUGUUGUGUGUUUCAAACGAAAAACGGUGGUUGGAGUUUCAUAUUUGCUCUCUCCCCCCGCAGCAGCUAUCCCCUACCGUAUUUUGUGUUCGUGCCACAGCAACAGCGAUUGUAGGGAGCGGAUCGGACAUCGAAAGCAGUGACCAAACAUAUCUCGGAAGUGUGGAGCAGAAGAUAAAACGCCACACCGAAAACUUCGUCGAAGCGACUAGAAGUGUAGCGUAGCAGCAGCGACGCACCACGGGAAACCCACUAAAGAGAGGAAAGCAGCCAGCAAAAGGACACACGGACACGGGACGGCUGUCGUGCGCUUGGUGGCACAGUGUGGUGUGUGUGUAUGCCUUUCCGAAGGCAUUAGAGUGCAGUGAAAGGGCGACGGGCACCGACGGCGUGCGUGUGAUUUCUCGCUGACACCCCCCGGGUACGCAAACGGCCUCAAAAUUGAGGAAAUAGAGGAAAUCGUGGAGACGGAGGUUAUCCUCUCUCCAGAUGAAAUGCACCAUGAGGAGUUCGAGAUCACGAUGGUCCCGAUGGAAUCGACAACCGUGCUGACCACGGGCGGCACGGGCACACUGAAGCGGGACGUGCGCGACAUGGUGCGGGAGGCCAACUUUCAGACCAAGCUGCUGAUGCAGGAAAACGAAGCCCAAGACUACCACUUCCAGCAUGCGUCGAGCGCGGACGAUACGGAGGGCUCGGACCAGGAGCACACGCUGGGCGAAAUUACGUACAAGAGCGAGGCGGACGGUAAUGAUACGAUGAACUCCAGCAACCAAAGCUCGAGCCGCAAGCGGCGCGGCAACCUGCCAAAGCAGUCGGUAAAGAUCCUGAAGCGAUGGCUGUACGAGCACCGGUUCAACGCGUACCCGACCGAUGCGGAGAAGCUGACGCUGUCGCAGGAAGCCAAUCUGACCGUGCUGCAGGUGUGCAAUUGGUUCAUCAACGCGCGGAGACGCAUCCUGCCGGAGAUGAUACGCCGGGACGGGCACGACCCGAUGCACUACACCAUCUCGCGGCGGGGCAAAAAGCUGAGCGGCCAGAUGGUGGGGCUCGACGGGAUGAAUCCGCUCGCGAUGAGCCCCGCCUCGGAGGUCAUUGUCGGCGCGACGGAGGAGAUCAUCGAGGAGGAGGAGGUGAUCGAGGACGGUGUGCCACAGAUCAUCACCAGCCACGGGCAACAGUACGUGCAGACACCGUCCGGGCUGGUGAAGGUGGAGGAAGAUGUGGACUUUGAAGAUCACAUCAUCUAUCGCUCGGAUGACAGCAACAUUGAGUAUGAGUACGCGCAAAGCGAGGAGGAGAUUCCAGUCACGGAACAGGGCGAAUGGGACGGUAUGAUUCGCUACGCGAAUGAAAAGGAUGAUGAAAUUCCGGAAGAAAUCACGGAAGAGGAAGUUAUCGCAUCGGAUGGAGGAGAGAAUGAGUUUUUUACCACGACGACACACACCAAUCUCGCGAAUAUACCCUUACAGCAGUCGUCGACUAACGUUUCAGGAGGUGUACAGCGAGUAAUUAUCGGCCAGUCGAAUGCCGGCAGUAACGCGAUCAGCACGUCACAGGGCGGCAGUACCACGCUCGGUACGCUGAAGCUCGGUGGCAACCUGACGGCCGUCCCGCUGCAGGGCGGCCUGAAGGUCGGUCCGAAAAAGCUGACCGUCGUGACGAGCAGCGGCAAGACGGCGACCGUGACCGCGACAUCGCUCGGCGACUCGAACACCAAGACGAUAACGCUCGUGCAGAGCGGCAGCAACAACAACAAUGCUGGAAACGCGAACAACAACAACAACAACAACUCCCAGAACACCAACGCGCACACCACGACGGCGGUGAAGGUAAAAGGUGUAAUCCGUGACGAUAAGGAUCAAUUCAAGUGUUUAUACUUGCUGGUGGAAACUGCGGUUGCCGUACGCCAGCGGGAAAAGGAACAGGACGAUGUGCACGUGCUGGGCAAUUAGAGAGAGAGAGAGCUCUACCGAAAACCGAGAAACGAUUGUUUGAGCUGUGGCAAACCACAACAGGCGCAGAAACCAGCCACCACCGGACAACGCACGAAAGAGGAACCAGCACAAUGCAGCAUUUUGUGGCGCGUUGCUCCUUGCAGUUGAUUGGAUGGCGAUGUGGAUGGCGGCGUGUGGUUUUUCGUUCUGUUUUGCUGUAAUCAGCUACCCUUUCCGGUAGAUGGUGGUUGUUCCUUCCCCCCGCCCCCAAAUCCCGAUUCUUUCUCCCUUUCGGUGUGCAAACUCCGUUGCGCACAGAAGCAGCAGCCAUGUGGUGUUUUACGUUGUGGUUAUUGGGAGGAUGGGCUUGCAGUGCUGGUCUGGUGAGAAGGGGCCAGCUUUUUGUGGUAGAGUCAAAUGUCGAAGCAAACAUGAAGCAAACUCUUAUUUGACGUUAGCAGCAGCAGAGAAUGUGUGUAUAUAUGGAUAUAUCUGUAUGGCUCCCCCCCCCCCCCCCCCCCCUUUUGUGUAAUGUGUGAGUAAGCGAACGAGAGGCCGGAAUAUAGAAGAAAACAUUCAUUUUAGUUGAAAGUAUCAUACAUCUGAGGGCGCUUAUGCAGUUAUGUUUAAACUAUAGAGAGAGAGGGAGAGAGAGAGAGCAAAAAGCGAAAGAGUGAGGCAGAACUCUGUUGUGUGGGUUAGUUUAUUUAGCGUAAACGAGAACACCGUACCUUGAGCUUUGGUAAAGUCACUGCUACCAAUUGGUCGUUAAAAUAGUUACGUUAGGCUAUAUUUUCUUCUUCUUUUUUAGCGACCGCCAACGCAUUCAAAGAGUUGCACACUGUAUCGAGUUAGCACACCGAUAUAAAAAAGCACACACAAACACACACACACACCUAUACUUUAAUCCAUCAAUAGUUCUUUUCAACGGAAUAUAUGACAACAGGACGAGCGAAAGGAUAAGAGCCUCGGAAGUAUGGGCAUGAACGGUAGCGUACAGGUUUUCGAUCCCAGCGAUCGAGACACAAGAACACGAACAAAACGAUUUGCUUCCGAGCAAAUGGGGUUUGCUUAAAUAUCCCUCAAAAACACACACUCACACACACUUGAUGAUAACAUCCUGCUAGUGAUAUACAGUUGUUUAUGAAAAGGCGCUUGCACUUACACACACACAUACAGUCACCACGAUUGUAAUUACGUUGAGAUUCUGUCGAGUCUUUUUUACACUCUAUUGCAAAAGUGUUAUUAAUUACCUUGACAUAUAGAGAGAAUACGAUUGACACAGAAGGGUUUCAGUUGGUUAACAUCAAUUGUCAACCAGUUGUACUUUUCAAUCUGUUGAUAUCUGUUCUAAUGUAUAGUGGAUGGAAUUAUUCCCACCUCAGCGGUGGUACGUACCAUUCGUUUGUACGUGCGUGAAGCGUGUUUUCUAUUGCUUAAAGCGUAUCCAACAAAUGCGCGCUCUCCCCGUCACGUGUUAUAUAUUUGCGCAAACACCCAGUUUUACUCUUUAUAUACAACCACCCGGAACGCCAGUAAGACUGAAGAGGCAAUUUAUAAAUUCAAUAUGUUUUCUCUUCUUUUUACAUCAAUCCCCCACUUACACAUCCCCCCCAACACGAAAGCUUUAUAUUGUACAUAACGGUGGCAGUGGGUGAAAUGCUUUUUUUCUCAUUUGCAAUCAAUCUAUUACUUUCUUUCAGUUCUAAAUUGCAAAAAAAGAAAAGUCAAACAACCUGCCCCCCUCCCCCUGCCAUGUAAAGAAAUUACUGUGGGGAAUGGUGGUGGGGGCUUACUUUCAUUGGAGUCCCUUUUUCUGUAUUCGAUUUGAUCUGUUUCGGUUUUAAUUUUGGAAUUGGAAAAUGUACUAGCUUUUAUCAGCGCGAGCAAUUGUUUUAGGUGUUUGUUUGUGUGUGUGUGUGUGUGUGUGUGUGUUUUGGCACAACUCAGAAAAGGGUAGAAAAGCCUUCUCAUACAAACAAUACUAAUGUAUGUAACUUUUACCGUCGCACAAAUACAAUGCAACCAGACAAAGAAAUCGAACAUCUAAAUGCUUUCUUUUUCUCCUUCCAUUGUACAUUGAAGCGUACGAAAAGCGGGGAUCUGAAGGGUUCCUUUUCAAUUGCCACCCACCCACACACAGCCAACCACUCUCGGCUGUUGUCUAUUUCAUUCUGGUAACGGUUUCGUAAUUGAAAUUUAAUUUUUAUCAAAAUUUCUCAAACACCGGUACCACCACAUGGUCGUCGUGUGUCGUGACUACUCACACAGACCAUAGUGGACGCUGUUUAAAGAAGGAAUUUUAGCAAACGAAGAAAAACAACCUCCCCCUACUCUAUAUGUAAGCUUUUGUUUUAUACAUUUACACAUCACUGCAUAAAAACGGCAUGAUGGUGUUGUGUCAUCUCGUCGGUGUCAUACGCGUACGAAGCGGGGGAAGAGUGGUACCACCACCACCCCACACUACUCUACCUCUGUCCGAUUGAGAAGUGAGCGAGAUUUUUUAAUUAGGUGAUGAUGGUGGCCCAAAUUAGCUUAUAAUUUAAUUUAUACAACAAUUGAGUUUCUCUCUUUCGCAUCGAAACUCUUCGCCAGAAUGAGACAGCGUUAAAGUGGUCGGGGUGGGGGGUGGGUGAUGAGAUGAUUAUGCUUCUCUUUCCCGCUAGCAGUAAGCCCCCUUUUCCCCAUUUACAUUUCUUUACAUGAUUGGGUGUGUGUAGUUGUUUUUUUUUUUAAAUAUUAUUAGCAUGUAUUUUUCUUUAUAAAUUAAAUUCCCCCCUUUUUUCACUAUAUUAUCCCGCUCUCGUGUGUUCCUCAAAAGUGUGUUUUGUAAAACAGCUCCUUAACAUGUGCAAACUAAUUGGCCAAAAAAAAAAAAAA